AUGCUACCAUUGAUAUGCUAUAGUGGGUUGAUCCUACUAUUAGCGUCUUUAACCAAUGCAAAACGGGUGGAGCACAAUUGGGAUGUCACCUAUACAACCGGUAAUCCAGAUGGGCUGUUUGAACGCGUGGUGGUUGGUGUAAAUGGACAAUGGCCGUUACCCAUUGUUGAAGCUGAGAAAGGUGAUACGGUGGUGAUCAAUGUUCGCAAUCAACUUGAUGAUUGGACUACCACUUUACAUGCACAUGGUCUAUAUCAAAACGGUACCAGUUAUCAAGAUGGAGGCCCUGGUGUGUCCGAAUGUGGCGUACCACCAGGCGACUUACGCACCUACGAGUAUAAUUUGGGGGACCAAACAGGCACUUAUUGGAUCCACAGCCAUGUCGACACUCAAUACCUCGAUGGCCUUCGCACCCCAUUUAUCAUCCAUGAUCCCGAGGAUCCUUACAAGGACCAAUAUGACGAGGAGCUGAUCGUUACUGUGUCCGAUUGGUACCAUAACCAAUCGCGAGUGAAUGCCGAAUGGUUCCUUAGCAAGCAAAAUCUCGAUGCUGCUGAACCAAUGCCACAAUCGGGUGUUGUGAAUGAUCAGCCAGAUGCCAAGUUUUAUUUCGAGCCUGGAAAGACAUACCGUUUGAGACUAAUCAAUAUGGGAGGCUACACCACGUUCUACUUUAGCAUCGAUGGACAUGAAUUUGACAUUAUCGAGACCGAUGGUGCUUACACCGAACCCUAUCGAACCAAAAACGCGUAUCUCACGGUGGCCCAACGCAUGUCAAUCCUUGUCAAGGCCAAGGAAAAGACCGAUUUGAAUUACUUUAUGCAUUUCGAUAUGGACCAAGAUCAAUUUGAUCUACCGCUUAAUGGUCUCAAUCCUAAUAUCACGGCCAAGAUCAUUUACGAUGACUCGCAUGACAACUACGCACCUAGUGAAGACAUUGGCAUGAAAAGUCAAUUUGAUGAUUUCAAUUUACGCUCUCUGGAAGAUCAAAACAGUGUUGAUCCCGAUCGAACGCUCAAUAUCACAAUCGAAGAAGGCAUUACUACCGAUGGUCUUAAUCGGGGUAUGGUGAAUCGUAUUCCUUUUAUCAAGCCUUUGACGCCCAUGCUGUUUUCGGAGCUCACAAUGGGAGGAUUGGCAAAUGAUCAUCGUAUUUACGGUCCUCAAAGCAAUGCCUACAUUACCAAACACCUUGAAUUUGUGGAGCUUGUUGUCAACAAUUAUGACGAAGAUGCCCAUCCAUUCCAUUUGCAUGGCCACAAGUUCCAAGUGGUGGCUCGAGGCACACACAAAAAGCAAAUGUAUCAUGAAGGUGAUGGCACAUCGGUGGGUAAGUGGAAUCUGGAGAAGCCUGUAUUGCGAGAUACAUUACGUGUCCAUGGCCAAUCAUUUGCUGUGAUCCGCUAUCGAGCUGAUAACCCGGGAGCAUGGUUAUUCCACUGCCACAUCGAUUGGCAUUUCUAUUCGGGUAUGGGUGUUGUCAUGAUAGAAGCACCUGAUCAAGCACAAGAAAUCAUGCAAGUGCCUCCUGAGCUAGCUGCUCAAUGUAAAAAGCUUGGCUUACCAUCAUCAGGCAAUGGUGCUGGUAAACAAGGAUAUGAUUUAUCGGGUGCACCUCAUGGUAUUUAUUAUCCUAGGGAUGAACCUCUUUCAGGCGAUUAA